GGACUUUGGACCCUCCGCCGGCCAGCUCAUCUUGUUCUGCAUCACCACUGUCGAGCCACGUAUUCGGAUCAAUCCAUUGCAGUAGCUCCCUUGCCACCCCGCCUUUCACCAGUCUGCCCCUCCAACCGUCACCAUUAGCUCCCCUCUCCGUCGCACCUUUUAUCUACCCGCCUUCCUCGUCCUCCUCCUGGGCGUUCUCCUCGUCACCGUGGCUCCUCCACUUCGCCUUUCCUCUCCCGCCUUCCGACUUUCCUCCGUCCUGGGCCACUUCCGGGGCUCUCGACUUCCUACAAGCUCCCAUUCGGCUUUGACAAACCUACGCAAAUCCCUCACAACCGCCAGCAUGGCCCCCGAGCACCUCCGUCGGCCUCCUCAGGCACCGCCCCUCUUCACCGCGACUGCCCAGUCCAUCGUCGAUGACGCCAAGCGACUCAUUGAGACAUCCCGCAAAGUUCAAGAUGACGUCGUGGCUACCGUCAAGCCCGACUCGGCUACAUUCGACGCGGUCGUGAAGCCUCUGGCACAGGAUGAGAACGCCAUGGCUCUGGAAUCCCACAUUCUCAGCUUUUAUCAGGCAGUGUCGACCCAGCAAGAGCUGCGGGAUGCAUCGUCCAAGGCAGAGGAGCUAAUGGAUGAGUUCUUCAUCGAGGCUGCCAUGCGCGAGGAUGUCUUCAAGCUUGUGGACGCCGUGCUGAACAAGAAUGAAUCUCUGGAGCCUGAAUCCCGUCGUCUGCUGGAGAAGGAACACAAGGAUUUUAUUCGCAAUGGUCUGGGUCUCCCCGCUGGCCCCAAGCGUGACCGGUUCAAGGAGAUCAAGAAGCGUCUCAGUCAGAUUAGCAUUGAAUUCCAGAAGAACCUCAACGAGGAGAAUGAGGGCAUCUGGUUCACACCUGAACAGCUGGAUGGUGUCCCUGAGGAUGUCCUAGCUGGGUUGAAGAAGGGAGAGGGCGAGAACGAGGGCAAGCUCUGGCUGACUUUCAAGUACCCCGACCUCUUCCCUACCAUGAAGUACGCAAAGAACCCCGAGACCCGCAAGCAGGUCAUGAUUCAGAACGAGAACAAGUGCAACCAGAAUGUGCCCCUUUUCCGGGAGGCCAUUAUCCUACGUGAUGAGGCCGCUCGCCUACUCGGUUACCCCAACCACGCGGCAUUCCGAAUUGAGGACAAGAUGGCAAAGACACCACAGACAGUCAACACUUUUCUGGGUGAUCUGCGGUCUCGUCUGACAGCUGGUGGACAGAAGGAAGUCAACACCCUGCUGGAGAUCAAGAAGGCUGAUCUGAAGUCCCGUGGUGAGAAGUUUGAUGGUCACUACUAUCUGUGGGAUCACCGAUACUACGAUCGUCUCAUGCUGGAGAAGGACUACUCCCUGGACCAGCAGCUCAUUGCUGAGUACUUCCCUCUUCAGACUACUAUUGAGGGCAUGCUGAAGAUUUUCGAAGAGCUUUUUGGCCUCGUGUUUGUGGAGAUCACCGGUGAGGAUCGGGAGAAGGUGGCAUCUUCAGGCAAGGGCAGUGACAUUGUCUGGCACGAAGACGUCCAGAUCUUCAGCGUUUGGAACGACGAGGGCGAGGGCAGCGGAUUCGUAGGUUACCUGUAUUUGGAUCUAUUCCCUCGGACCGGCAAGUACGGCCACGCUGCCAACUUCAACCUGCAGCCGGGCUUCAUUGAUGCGAAGGGCAACCGUCGCUACCCGGCCACGGCACUUGUGUGUAACUUCACCAAGCCGACCCCGAAGAAGCCGAGCUUGCUGAAGCACGACGAGGUGGUCACUCUUUUCCACGAACUGGGCCACGGUAUUCACGACUUGGUUUCCAAGACCAUUUACUCUCGUUUCCACGGCACGAACACGGUGCGUGACUUUGUCGAGGCUCCUAGCCAAAUGCUGGAGAACUGGUGCUGGACCCCAUCCCAGCUAAAGUCACUCAGCAAGCACUACUCUGCCCUAUCGCCUGAGUAUCUUGCAGCCUGGAAGGAGCAUGCCGGCGCCACCGAGGCGCCUUCUGAGCAGAUUCCCGACUCUGUGAUUGAGAACCUGAUCCGGACCAAGCACGUCAACGACGCGCUGUUCAACUUGCGCCAGCUGCACUUUGGUAUCUUCGACAUGACGGUCCACCAGCCGGAGAGCCACGAGAAGAUCAAGGAGCUGCCCAUUUCGGCCACGUAUAACACUCUACGCAAGGAAAUCACGCAGAUGGAGGGCCCUGAGAGCUUGGGCCUGGGUGAGGAAUGGGGACACGGUGAGGCGACUUUCGGACACUUGAUCGGCGGCUAUGAUGCUGGAUAUUAUGGCUACCUGAGCUCCCAAGUCUACUCGACCGACAUGUUCUACACGGUGUUCAAGGAGGACCCGAUGAACCCGGAAGCUGGUCGCCGCUACCGGUACAAGGUGUUGGAGAAGGGAGGCAGCCAGGACGAGAUGACGACGCUGACUGAGUUCUUGGGCCGUGAGCCCAAGACCGAUGCCUUCUACAAGGAUAUGGGUCUGGCUUAGAUAUUGUGAGGACGGCGAGGUUAGACUUGGCUGGGGCUGGAACUUCGGGGGCUUGGAUGUGAUAGUCGAAUAUAAUCACAUACGCUCGACUUAAUUGAACGAGUACCAUGAAUAUAUAUUGACACCCGUGGGAAUACUGUUUCAGCCACUCCUCGAGUUAUGCCGAACAUUUUAGAUAUUAGUACCCAUUUAAUCGGCUCCUAGGAAC